AUGGCGCUACAGGUCUAUAUUUCUCAUACCGGCGGCCUUCUCACCUUCAACGACCCCGUGGCCCGUGUCGACAACCUGCGGUCAUGGAUCGAAGCCAACACUGCUAUUCCGGCCUCACGCCAGAUCUUGAUGACGGCUCGAGGCAAGAUUGUCAAGAAUCUCAACAACGAACAGGAGGUCUACGUCUAUGACAAGCAGUUUCUCUCCCCAGACUCCAAACCUCCCUCUCGAGAUGAUGUCCGACUCAAACCACUCUCCGAUCCCCCUUCCUUUCUCACCGACGAGACCAGCCUCAAAGCAUGGCACGAGUUGUUCAACUCUCGGCGCACCUGGGCUCUGGACACAUUUGAAAUUGCCAGAACAGGGGUGGAGAACAUUGAAAUUUGUGCAGAGGAGGCAUCCGUCAUCGCUCGGUCCAUGAAGGUCGCUCUGGACAACCUGCGAAACCAUGUUACGACGCUACAGCAGAGGUUCGAGGAGACAAACCAGUGGGCUCAGGGAUAUAUACAAGAACAUCGAGAGAUCCUCAAGGAUUGGCAAGCGAGUGUAGAUACACUUGCAGAACUUCCCGUCCGCGAAGAUGUUGUCAGGGUGUUGCGGCGUCCGGCUGAGCCAGAUGGCAAGGACCCGUCGGCACCUGUUGGGACUCUUUUCGAUCUGGUGGACCGAGAUAACCUGCAGGCUGCGGCGGAGAGUGUCGAAAAAAGCUCGGCAGAUUUUGAGAGGAGGCUGCGCGAACUGCAGUCGGGCAUGGAGAAAUUGAAGCAGGAGACAAGUCAGGCUCAGGCCCGCUCAACACAAGUGCCAGAUUUCGACACCAAUGCUCUGCUGGAUGAGGCUGAGACACUGGCGAAGCGGAUCAGUUCGGACUAUGAAGACGUCGUACAGAUGCAAGACAAUCAGAAAUCCGUGGUUGCAGCGUCAAGGAAAGCUGCUGUGCAUACUCGUGAAUUGUUGCCUGCCAUGCACGGCGUCGUGGAAGAGAUUAUCCAGGCUUCCUUGAGUGCCUCUGAAACACGAAACACUGCGUCUAAUGACUGGUAUUCCACACUUCAGACUAUCUCGGGUAUUCAAUCUCGCCUUGCAGAACUACAAUCCGAAAUCACCAACCUGGACUUCCACGACAACGACAACUUUGCUGCUCUCAACCGGGUUUUCCAAUUACCGCUUGUCUAUGGCGCUACACUUGUGGAAGCAACUCGUAGAUCCGAGUGGACUGAGCGGAUGCGGGCAGAGGUCGAUGUUCUGCAUGAAGAUCUCUCUCUACAGACUGAGGAGGAGCAAAGACGGCGAAAGAAAUGGACCGCUUCCCACAGCGACUUUCUAAAUGAGGAUAUGAAUGCCAAAGAUGCACUGAUCGAUCUGAAAGCAACAGCACCUCGAAAUUCCUGGCCGUUUGUAAGCAGGGACGAAAUAUUCGCUUGGGUUGACGAUCUGAGAGCUCUCGGUAUCAACGACGCAGUACAAUCAGUCAUGCAACGAAUGAAAGAUUUAGAUGCUCCUGUCCGGAAGCAGAAAACGAAGCCUUUCAAGAAUGGGAGUAUUCAUGACCUUAGCCAAAGUGCUGCUCUCCGCAGCGGAGAUGAAGUGAGAGGUCUCCAGGAGGAGAAAGUAAGACUCGAGGAAAAGCUUCGCGCAUCAGAUAGCCGUGUGCGGAAGUUGGAAGAUCUCCUCCAUCGUCAAAGCCAGCUCAGUCGGCCUGCUAGUGGAAUUUUCCAACCUGGCAGCGCUGCGGACUUUGAACGACAACAGACGCCUUCUCCAAGUGCGCUACAAAGGCAUAGCGACCUGUCUCGGAGGUCAUCUGUUUCGCUCAGAAGACUCUCCAAUAACCAGGACGAGAAGUCUUUAGUGCAGAAGAUCGUUGCGUUAGAAGGUCAGAUCCAAAAGUUACAGGAAGAGGCUCACGCAGAACGGCGUUCAAGUACUGAGAGUAGAGACAAGAUGCAGGAAGCGGAAUUGGUGAAGCGAGACCUAAUGGCUAAUUUCGAAGCGCAGAAACAAGAAUUCGAGGAGGAGCGACAAUUGCUGGAUGACGAAGUACACCGUCUCAAAGUUAAACUGGAAGAGGCUGAGGAGGAGCUUGAUCGUCUCAAUGACUCGAGAGAUCAUUUGCGCUCCGAACAGGAUCAGACUAUGAUUAACCUGCGGAACGAGUUGGAACAGCUCAAGAAAACCUCUGCGGAGGAUCUUGCGCUGGCAGAUCGCAGAGUCGAGUCUGCACGAAAGGAGGCGGCUGCGCACCGAGAGCGAGCUGCAACGCUCGAUCGCCAACUUCACCAACUCAAGGAAGAACGAGCAUCCGCCCAAUCCCAGAGUAUGACUCUAGCGAACCAACUUCGCUCGAUGGAAGAUCAACAACAGGAAUACAUCUCGAUCCUGCAGAGCGCACAUUCGAACCUAUCACCGGCAGGUUCUCCUCCAGAUGAUCUUCACCGUCUCGUCAAUGCUCUGGAAAUUCUGUCCGAAGGUGCCGCAAUCCAUGCUCGAGGUCUCGACGAUUCUCUCCAGCUUGCUACCGCGGAGAACAAAUCGCUUGAGGAGAAAUUGGCCAGUGCAGAAAGUGAGAUCAAAACUCUCACAAAGAAACUGUCCACGAUGGAACAGCGUGCGAAUGAGUUAAGGGAAGACAUCGAACAAGAACGUAGCAAGAUCUCUGUGCUGAAGACUGAACUUGCGGGCGAACGCGCGGAGAUGGAUUCUUUGCGCGAGAAGUUUGCCGCUGGGGAGACUGGUUCUGAUACCCUCCGGCAGCAGCUGAAAUCUGAAGAGAUGAAAGUCGCGGAAUUGAUGGACCGGAAAGCCGAGGAUGAAGGUGUCAUUCAACGCUUGAAACAUGAGAUUGAAGAUCUUAGUCAGGAAGCUGCCAACGCGGCAGAGAAACAAGAGAAACUGCGCAGACACUUUGAUAAGAGGGGUGAAAGGGCGAAACAACUUUCCGAGAGAUUAUUCCACCACCACGAUCGAAUCAUUCGCAUGCUCGAGCAAUUUGGCUACUAUGUUUCCCGACAGGAAGACACGCUGGUAAUUCAGCGCGCAAGUAAAGUUAAUGCUAGCGCCGUGCUCAGUGGCAACGAAGGGUCAGGGCCAGGCACUGCUAUGAAGCGAACCAUUUCCGGUUCCACGCCAGCACAACACUACUCCGACCCGUCGGACCUGGACACCCUGUAUUGGACGUCCGACAAUGACCUCACCUCUGAAUCGACAAAAUACUCUGGCUUCCUCUCCGCCCUGUCGAGAUUGGAUAUGGACAGCACGAUCGACCUGAUCACAAAGCGCUACAAGGACGUCGAAACGCUGGCGAAGAAAUACCAGAAGGAUUCUCGUGCCUACCGAGAACGAAAUCACCGGUCUCAGGCCGAGGCGCACGAUAAAAUCGCAUACAGGAGCUUCAAGGAAGGAGACUUGGCCUUGUUUUUACCGACGAGGAAUCAAGCAACAAGACCCUGGGCGGCAUUCAACGUUGGGGCACCACAUUACUUCUUGAGAGAGCAGGAUGCACAUAAAUUACAAUCGAGAGACUGGCUGCUUGCACGAAUCACGAAGAUAGAAGAGAGAGUGGUGGAUCUGAGUAGGAGCAUGCGUGGUAACACCUCGUCUUCAACCGUGGGUAUAGCGAGCUCGAUCGUGGAUGAUGGUGGGUCGACCCGGAGUGUUGACGAUGAGAAUCCCUUCGAGUUGUCAGACGGGCUGCGGUGGUAUAUGAUUGAUGCCCAAGAAGAGAAAUUGGGCGCGCCUGGCACACCUUCCGUGGGAAAGUCAACCGUGACAGCGAGCAAUGUCGAGGUCAAAGGACAUAUGGGGCUGGGCAGGAAGGAGCACAAGUCAAGUAUGGGCAUGGGUGGCGGCGGCAGCGCCACGACGACGAUGGUCACCAAGACGCUGACCAAGAGCUUGGACAGUCGGCGGUCGAGCUCAGGGAGUAAAAAGAGCGUGGAUCUCAAGGGCAAGCUUCAGGACCGGAGCACCGCUAAGGACGGGAUGCCUUCAUCGAAGCUUACACCAUUGGCGCCCAUUUCAAGCGACACGGACGUCGAGCAAAGGCGGGCGCCUCCACACGAUGCAAGCGCCAGAACUGUGCCCAUCCCGGAUGAUGACGCCCACGCGGAUGCAGACGCAGAAAACGAGAAUGACGAGCCUGAAGGGCGGAAUUUGGCAGGCUCAAGUCAGCACCAAGGCCCGGGCCAGGGUCAGGCGGGGAAUGCGAGUGUCCCCAGCAUCGUGCGCCGUCCCACUGAAGCGAGUCAGACGGAUCGGGAGGAUGCACAGGUUUUUGAAGUGGUGAGGCGAGAUCUUCUUCUCGGCCCAUAA